AUGGCCAAAGAACUGGGAAAAUUGAAAGCUCAACUAACCGAUCAAGAGAUCGAAUGGACUUUCAAUCCACCCAAAGCAGCAUGGUUUGGUGGACAUUUUGAAGUCUUCAUAGGACUAAUUAAAAAAGCAAUCUUCAGAAGCAUACCCAGCUUAAACAUACUUCUGAAUGAUGAAGAAUUGGCAACCUUGACUACUGAAAUAUCACGGAUGUUAAACAACAGACCAUUAACUUAUGUCUCACCAGAUGGAGUUAACUCUGUUUUAACACCCGCCCAUUUCAUGAUAGGAAGCCAAAUCACAUCUGAAAUCGUUUGUCCGGAAUCCAUAUCCAAAGACUGUAAAAGCAGAUAUUUAUUUCUCAUAAAAUAUCUGAAUAAAGUCUGGAAAAAAUUGUCUCAAGAUUACUUACCAAAGUUAAAUUUGAGACAAAAAUGGCACACGGACGGAAACAAUUUCGGAAUAGGCAAUAUCGUGUUGAUAAAAGACAUCAACUCGAAAAGAGGAAGCUGGCCAAUCGCCAUAAUAGAAAAGUUGGAAAUGGGCGAAGACAACAUAGCAAGGUCAGCGACAUUGAGAAGUCGUGGAAAAAUCGUCCGACGUGCACUGAAUUCUCUUUCUCCUAUUGUCUCAGUAGAAAGCUUCAGCGUGGCCGCAGAAGCUUUGAGGGGAGAAUUAUGA